AUCCACCACCGCCCUCACCACAAGUCGUGUCAACCCUUCUCAAGAUAGCAGAACAGUGUCGCUUGUUUUCUCAUCGACAAAUAUGUUUUGUCAAAGUCGACAUUUCCUCUGCUCAUCCAUUCAAUAGAAUACUUCUUCAUCUUCCUUCGUCUUCUCCCUGGAUAUUUUAUGAAAAUUAUGGAAACAGAAAUUUCACUUGAAACCUUGGAGCAACAAUACAUCCUUAAAAUCAAACUUGCCAUUGCUUUCGCUAUUUUGAGAAACAAACCUAAGGAGAUUCCAACCAGCCAAUAUGUUGAGGGCCUCAUGUCGGACUACCAAAAACAGAUUUCUCAUUUGCCAGAUGAUUCUUACGAUACUAACCGAAACCAUUUAAUCAGCUGCCAACAGCAAUUAAUUAAUCAGCUGGAAUCCAGUAAUUUAAUAUUUCGGGAUGCAGAAUCUAGUAAUAUCUUAACACCUCCACCUUCUGGAAAAUGUUUGACUAAUCGGCUAGAUUCAUUAGAUCGUAUGCUAACGAACCAUACCUGUUUCCUGCAGAGUUCAUUUAAUUUAAGAAGUGUUUCAAAUCUUCUCCAAGACCAACAUAAGAUCACCAAAGUUAUUGAACACACAGUGAUUGAUAGCAUCAAGAUCAUUUAUAGUUUCCUCUUAACAGAUAUACAUAAAAUCACUUUACCUUGUGUCAGUUCCACUUUAAAAGCUUCCAUGAAAAUUUGCGAUUUGGCCCCUCACAAUUCAGAUCUCAGAAACAGUUUUAAAACCUUCACUGCUGACUUCCAGAAUACAGUCAUCAAAACCGUGAUAUUAAAUGACAAAAUAACUCAGCUUAAGAAAAGAGACUACAUCAAGUUGUUGAGUGAAUUCAUGCAUUGCCAUGAAACCAAAGAACUGCUUCUGACCACUUUAUAUAACUAUGCCUGCAAAUUCUUCAACUACAUUAAAAAGCUUUCUUUGAAUAUGAGGAACCUUCAGGAUCCGGUCUUCUUUGAAAACAACUAUUUCAUUCUUUGUUGUCUUGCCGAAUGUAUUGCUGAGGUGAUCAAUGACCAUAACUUGAUGCCAUCACAGAACUUCAUUACUGAUUUAACCGAUUCCAUAGAGAACUGCUUCUCUCUAAUAGAAGACACAUUCCCAUUGAUUGCUCAUGCUUUGUGGCAAAUUAUGGUGAUCAUUCAUAAUAUUCCUCCUCUGAACAAAAAUGGUAAAAAUUCAAAUUUAAUUCUAAAGCGUAUUUGAAGACAGAGCACUUUGGUACUGUUUAAUUCAUCAGUCAUAUGUCUUUAUGGAUAAUGGCUAAUGAGACAGAGAUGUGCUGAAAUUGUUAAUUCUCUGUUCUAGAUAAAAGUAUUUAAUAUUGCUACGUUCAGUGUAAAGUUUCUGAUUCAAUCACCAAAGAAGAAGAAUAUCAAGAGAAGAGUGAUGCUUGCCGAUACAUCACUU